GGCACAUUUUAUAAUGAGACGGACAUUAGAUUCUCCUAAUAUUGAAUUCUCUCAUAAACUUCAUGUCAUUUACCUCAUUAAUGACAUACUAUAUCACUGUUUCAGAAAAGAUGCUCAUGACUUAAAACAAGCUCUGGAAACUGUUGUUGUUCAAAUAUUUUAUAAUGUUUUCUCGUCUGAUCCCAGCAGGAGUGACCCUCUCAUUAAGGUUCUCAAUAUAUGGGAGAGUCAGAAAUAUUUGAGCGAAGGAAAAAUUUCGAUAAUUAAAGAUUUAUUGAAGCUACCUGAGUCUUCAUUACCUAAAGCUCCACCCAUUGCUCCGCCCCCUGUUGUAAAUGAGGGCGUGGCUGCCCCUCCUCCUCCAUGGAUGCAGCAGUCAAUGAACCAAGCUCCACCUCCAAUUCCACAUCCUGGACCAGCUCCAUGGCAACAAGCUCCACCUCCUCCAGCUCCGCCUUCUUGGGACCACCCUCCUCCUCCUCCAAAUUAUCUUCCUCCUUCUCGUCCUCCCUGGGGACCUCCCCCUCCUUCUCAUUGGUCCCACCCACACAUUCCCCCUCCUAACGAACCGACACCUUUAUUUGAAACUCCGCCCAUUCCCCCACCCCCACCUCCUGAUAAUCAAUUUAUUGAAAGCAUUGAUUAUAAUCAUCAAAAAUUAUCGGAGCCACACCCACUUGACCCUGCCUUUUCUGGCAAACCGUCUCCAUCCAAAGAUCCUCCUUUUAUGCCACACCCUCCAGAGCUUGGAUUGGAACCACACCCACCUCCUUUUCAAGGCGUGCAAGUAUUUGAUUAUAAUCAUCAGCCGCCUCCCACUUCUUGGGAUAACAUGCCACACCCCUCUCACCCCAUGCCCCCUCAGGGACCACGCCCAUUUCCCUUUCCUCCUGAUCGGUCUUUUAUGCCAAGACCGCCUCCCCCUAUGCCACAGGGUCCCCGCCCACCUCAUUUACCAUAUUUCGAUUUACCAGCUGGUCUCAUGAUACCGCUAGUACCGCUUCAUGAGAGUUCUUACCGCCCACUCAACCCACUGCAUGUUGUUCUUCCUCCUCCUAUCCCUCCGACUGAGAGACUCAUUAAAGCAGUGGAGGAGUUUUACCAACCACCGACUGAAGAGAAGACAAGAAACCAAGAUGGUUGGGAGGCUAAGGCUUUGCUUGACUUUUACGAUGCAAAGAUGAAAGCUAAAGACAUUUUGAAAAACAAAGGAGGAGGAGGAGGAGGAAAUACCAGGCGGAACGUACCGCCAAGAAGAAGAUCCCCAUCUCCAAGGAGAAGAAGGAGAAGAUCUUCUUCAUUGUCACCUUCACCUCCUCCUCGAUCAAGAAGGAGGUCGUCACGUUCUCCGUCAAGCGACUCAAGUUCCUCGUCCAGUCGCUCACCGUCACCUCAUCGUCGGAGAAGGAGGCGUGGCAGAGGAAGUAGGCGGAGCUACUCUCGUUCUCCUUCUCCCACGACUCCAACAAUUGAAGAAUCUUCUCGAAGAAAACCACCACCACAACAACCUUCAGUACCUAUAACAACCGGAAGUCAAGAACUAGGCCAAUUGACGGAAGGUAACGUUGGACAUCAGAUGCUAAAGAGAAUGGGUUGGGAGGGAGCAGGGCUUGGUUCCAAAGAGCAAGGGAUUCAAGCUCCUAUAAAAGGCGGUGAAGUUAGGAAUAAAGCUGAACAGUUUGCUGGAGUUGGCAUGGCACAGAAUAAUGAUCCUUUUGAGCAAUUUAGACGCUCGAAAAGUUAUACUUACAACAGACGUCCCCCAUCAGGACCGCCCUAAGUUCCAAGGGGUCGCAUAUUCCCAGAACCAAAACGAAGAAAAUGAUGUUCUCUUUUGGAGAUUAAAAUUAAUAAUUUUAUUCAUGUACUAUAAUGAUAAUGAUGAUAAUACAGUAAUUAAUUAAAUUAAUUAUUCAUUGUCCAAGGAUGGGCUGAGGUGCUAAUUUUGCAUGCUGCAGCAUAGAUACAGCUUCUUCUCUGUUGCUAAGAUAUUUUCCAGAGGAAAGACGCGUCAUUCCUAACAUUUCUACGGCUUAGAGGCGGUAAGGACAGACACCCUGGGGUCUAUUUUUGGUGGCUGUGGAGAUCUGUUUAAAAAUCAAUUUAGAAAUCCUUUUUGAAAAG